AUGGAGGACACAGAUCCAUUUCUCCAAGUUCAAGCCGACGUGGUUUCAACCCUACAAACAAGCCGCCCACUAUUCUCCUCAUACAUCCGCAUCCGGUCCCUAGCCAAAAGCCCCUCAAACCCCGAACUGAAGCAAGCUCGCUCAGAACUCGAGAGUACCCUGACAGAGCUCACAGCCGAUCUCAACGAUCUAGUCGAGAGCGUGCGCGCGAUCGAACAAGACCCCUAUCGCUAUGGUCUAGAGCUCGAGGAGGUGCAGCGGCGCCGCAAGCUCGUCGACGAGGUGGGUGACGAGGUCGAGAAGAUGCACCAGGAGCUACAACAGGCUGUCUCCAAUUCCGCCCCUGAAGCACUUCCUAAUCCCACCGAGUUCGAUGCUGCUUUGGAUGAGGAGGAGCGCGGGCGUGGUCGCAGCGGCGACGAUUACUAUGCCUCUAUGGAACAACAGCGUCAAUCCGAACUCAUGCAUGAGCAGGAUGAGCAGCUCGAUGGUGUCUUCCGUACCGUCGGCAACUUGCGGCAGCAGGCUGACGAUAUGGGGAGGGAGCUGGAAGAUCAGGCGGUUAUGAUCGACGAGGUUGAUACGCUGGCUGAACGUGUCGGGGGCAAACUGUCGAAUGGCAUGUCGCGCAUUAAACACAUUGUGCGCAAGAAUGAAGAUACAUGGUCCUCGUUUUGCAUCGCGACACUCAUAUUCGUCCUCGUCUUAUUAUUAAUCCUCCUCAUUGCACUGUGA